AGGCAGCCCUGGCUGGAAGUUGGGGAGCUCUGCCGUGUCCCCUUUGCAGAACAGCGCGACACGCUGCCCUGCGCUGCCACUCACCAGGGCUCUGUCUGGAGUGAGACUCUUCGUUAUGUGUCUCGGGUUUAGGGUUUGUCCCUUAGGACGGCAUGGCUUCUGGUUCUGCCCGGGUUCAGCUGCUGCCGCUCACACAAGAGCCGGCUCGGAGAGUAUCUCUACUGUCACAAAAGCAACUCGGGAUCCGGGGAUUUCUUUCUCCGGCUGGGGAUUUGCCUCGUAGGCGGACGUUAUUUGAUUCUUCCCUCUCUCAAUCAACAAAUGAUCAGACGAAGCUACAGAUGACAUGACCAAAGUCAAAACAAUGCAUGAACUGAUGAGAAACAGCAUUGAGAACAUUAACUGCCUAGUUGCUGGAUAUCCUAAGCACAACCUCACUACCAAAAGAGACCCUGAUGUUAUGUGAUCAUGGAACAGAGUUUGCAAGAAUGGAAAAGCAAAGGACCUCACUAGCUGCAUCUCAUAAAUAAAAAUUUCCAAGAUUUAGCUGAAUCAACAAAUUAUUCCAGCCAUGGGAGAAAAUGCAAGUUUUUGGGAAAGUUUGAUAUAUGCACAUCCUACAUGUACCACCUGGAAGCAAGAGGCAGAGGGAUCUAUCUACCAUCUAGCCAGUAUUCUCUUUGUUGUGGGCUUCAUGGGUGGAAGUGGAUUCUUUGGGCUUCUCUAUGUCUUCAGCCUGCUUGGAUUGGGCUUUCUCUGCUCUUCUGUUUGGGCUUGGCUGGAUGUCUGUGCUGCUGAUAUAUUCUCCUGGAAUUUUAUACUGUUUGCUAUAUGCUUCAUCCAGUUCGUUUAUGUUACCUACCAAGUUCGGAGUGUUGCCUUUGACAGAGAAUUCCAGGAACUCUACAGUGCUCUAUUCCAGCCUCUGGGAAUUUCCUUGACUGUGUACAGGAAGAUCGUCUUGUGCUGUGAUGCAGAAGUGAUUACCCUGGAGAAGGAGCACUGUUACGCCAUGCAGGGCAAAACACCUAUUGAUAAACUGUCCUUGCUUGUAUCAGGCAGGAUCAGAGUAACAGUUGAUGGGGAGUUUCUGCAUUAUAUUUUUCCUCUCCAAUUUCUGGAUUCUCCUGAAUGGGAUUCACUGAGGCCCACAGAAGAGGGAAUUUUCCAGGUAACACUUACAGCAGAGACAGAUUGUCGGUAUGUGGCCUGGAGGAGAAAGAAGCUCUAUCUGCUGUUUGCUAAACACCGUUUCAUCUCCCGCCUGUUCUCAAUUUUAAUUGGGAGCGACAUUGCUGAAAAACUGUAUGCCUUGAAUGACAGGGUGCACGUGGGGCAAGGCUUUAGAUACGACAUUCGGUUACCAAACUUCUAUCAUGUUGCACUGCCAGAGACCCCUCCAGUGCAGGUCUCUCACCACCACCUACAGCGAGGCUCCCCACGCCGCAAGCCCUCAGGGGUUACAAACUGCGGCUCCUUCCUCUCACCGCCCUAGGAAGGAAUACUCUGCUGCAGCCAUUCCUCAAAGUGGUGAAAGAAAAUGCAAAGUGGCAAAGCAGAAGAGCAGAAGCAGAUCAAGAGCCAGUCAAGCCAGAUUUGACUGACAAGUGCCAUUUACAUUUAUUGGAGUAGCUUGAAUUUUCUCCCUCUCAAGCCAGCAGGUUGGCUUCUGCAUUUUUGCUGUCUGUGCAAUAUGUUUACUUUCUGUUGAUUCUUCUGUUGAUCUUCAUCUUCUUACUUUUGGAGGAAAACAAAUCAUAACAGUUGAGGUUUUAUUGCAAUUGUGGUGGCCUCUGUGUUGUGUUGUUUGGGAUUUUUUUAAAAAAGGAAGCCCACGGUAUUUGUAAUUAUAUUUUCUCAAAAUUUUUGCCAUAAUGAAGUAUAGUCAGAAUAGUCAAUGAAAACAAGUUGUCUUCAAAAUAUAGCAACUUGCUUAUAACAUUCAUAUUUACGCCAUAUGAACAUUGUUUCAAUUAACAUGAAUAAUGCAGAAAACCAAGGACCAAUCGUAUUGGGUUUGUUUCUUAAAGAAGUGAAAGAUUUCGAAAUGCACAACAAGAUUCUUAAAGAAACCAAAAAAAGAAAACAACAAAUUCUAUCCCAUGAGUGAUUGGUUUCUCUCUGACUGUCCUAAAGAGGUAUUCUGUGAAAACAAACUUAAAUGUCAUUGCUGGCUUUACAAAAAUAGAAGUUGUAACUGCUGCAACUAUAGCUUAGGGAAACAAUUGUGUAGUGUUUCUGAUAGAAUGUGAUGCUAUAGGACUUAGGCUUCUGCAGUGCCAGUGCCCUUUGUGACGUACAAUAAUCAAUCAACUGCCAAACCAUUGGAGUUUGUUGUACAAUAUUCUUUUUAACUACAUUUGUAGGAAGAGACUGAAACAGCUGCAGCAAUAAAUACAAUUUUUAACUGAAACAUUCUCAUUUAGCUUCCAGAGUCACUUUUCUGUGCCUAUGAAAUUCUUGAUUGAAAAGAUAUUCUCUCCCUAAUUCUGUAGUGUUUUAAUGGUGUAAGGGAGCCCCAGCUCAUACUUAGGAGAGAGUUGGUUUUGACCCUUGAGGUCACUGUGCCUUUGGAGAGAAGUGUCUGAAUGUCUUUGCUAACUCACCUUCCUGCUGCUAUCCCUGAUGCCAGCCAGUAAUCAAAAAAUAAGAACCAUUACUAUUUAAUGAGAAUGGAUUGCUGCUUGAUAUAUCUGGAAGUAGAUCGUAUUUUUAAUAUUUUAAAAUUGCUGGCCUGUUUGGUAGGAUGACCACUGUGUGUUUUUCUCAUAUGUGGGUAUACAUAUGAGUUUAGAACUGUGAGUUGUUGAUGGAGGACUUAAAAUGAUGAUACAAUCUUAUGCUGAAAGAUAAUCAUGCAAUAUGUAUAAGAAAGCUAUUAGAAGUGAUAUGAAACACUUCCUGUUUGAAGGACCUUCAGUGUAGAGCAGAUAACAUUGUACAAGUUUUGCUUUUAGCUUUAUGUUACUUUCUCAGAGAGGAAAAUCUGACAAACAUAAAUACCACAGCGUGCAAUGGGAUAAUCCCCAAAUCAUUCUCAUAACCCUUCCAUGCACUGUAUUCUGUAUCUGCUACUUAGUGCGUGAAGUCCCUGAGUCACAGAGCUACUUUGUCCUGGUCAAAACAGAAUUAAAAAAAAAAUGGAAACAGAGAGUUCAUUGAUGGCUUUUAAAGACCUGUUAAGAUGAUAACACGGUGCCAUUGCCUGGCAGCGUGCAGUAAGGAUGUACAGCUGUGUGUGCCCUCUUCCUAUACUUUUCAUGGUUAAGGGACAGGAUAGCAGGCUACCUGGCCUUGGUAUGACUCAGGACAGGUAUUCUCAUGUAACUUCAGUGCCGUGAUUGUGGUAUCAUGUCCUAUUUGUCAGUGGUACCUGAGGUGGGUAAGAAGUGCAUCAUCUCCCAUGGGUGUUGUCACUUGGGCUGUGCCUCACAAUCUCUCUCUGCUUUAGUUGGCUGAGUUGCUCUGAAAACCUUACACUGUGUUUUAACAGGCCAUUUAAAAAUAACCCCCCCACCCCUCAUUCUGAUAAAAUAACAAGAAUAUGUAAAUUUCUCAUGCUAUAACACGUGUUGGACCAAUAUGAAAUUUAUACUCAAUGUUUCAUGUGUUAACAAUCUACAAAAAUAAAAAUAUUUUAUAUACAUAAAAGAGAUCUUAUUCUAGAUUUAGGUGUAAUAUAAAUUAUUAAUUUUCAGUUUUCUUGAAUAUAUAGGUUUGGCCCAUAUAAUCAAGAAAACUUGUCUUUACUAAAUUCUGACCCUACUAAAGUUAACUAAUUUGAUCAUCUUCACCUUCAAAAUAAGACCAAGGAGUCUUGCUCAUCCAAUUUUUAUAUCAAGCUUAUAUAUUCUAUUUAAACUACAGCAUACUACUUAGAAAGAUACCUGCUCUGGACUGAUAGGUGCUUUGUGACGUACUUUUGGUAAUUUUUUUCUUCUUUGUGACUGGUGUGUGCCUUGGUUUCAGCCUGGUUUCCAAACACAAUCCUCUGUGAUGCUUUUCACUGCUGAAAUCGGUUACUGUCAGAAAUCUCUACUAGGACGUCUGAGUCAAUAUCUGAACAUACUCUUAGCUAAUCUUGUUUAGCUGUUGCUACUGUGCUUUUUGGGCUUUGAGUCACUUUUUAAAAAUUGUUUCUAGUUUUCCAGCAUCUGUGUGAGUUAUGACUAGCAGUACAUUUCAGCUGUAGAAUUCAGGGCAUAUACAUCUACAAUAAUGUAAGUACACACAAAAGGACUGGAAACAAGACAGCAAGCCUGUUCUACCUCUGUUUUGUUUUUUCUUUAAAUCUGGACAGCAUUUCUAAAACAUACUGUAAAAUACGCUCUGGUAUGCAUCUCGUAAACCAGUGUUUUGGGAGGGCUGUGUAAUCUACCUGAGUGAAGACUCAAGACUGAUGUCAGUGAAAUCAGACAAGCUUUUGUGAUAUCCUAUACAUCCAGUCAUUAGGGAGUUGGGAUUGCUCAGCUUGGAGAAAAGAAGUCUCCAGGGACACCUUAUUGCAGCCUUUCCGUAACUAAAGGGGGCUUAUAAGAAAGAUGAGGACAGAAUUUUUAUAGCAGGGCUUGUUGCGAUGGGACAAGAGGUACUGGCUUUAAACUCAGAGAGGAUAGAUUCAGAUUAGAUAUAAGGAAGAAUCUUUUUAUGAUGACUGUGUUGAAACACUGAAACAAGCUGCCCAGAGAGAUGGUGGAUGCCUUGUCCCUGGGAACAUUCAAAUUCAAAAUCUGAGCAAUCUGGUCUAUUUGAAGAGAUCCCUGCUUAUUCAAGGGGCUUGGACUAGAUGGCCUUUAAAGGUCCCUUCCAACCCAGACUGUUCUAUGAUUCUAUGAUUAUUUAUAGGUUAGUAAACAUUUGGAGCUAGGAUGGAGUUCUGACUUGAGCAUCAUCCAAUUUAAGCCCCUGUUACUACUCAGGAAUAAUUAUCAGUGAGGUGAUCAGCCUCCUUCAUAAUCGGUUUAAGCAAAUGGAUACUUAAGUCCGUGUUGCUGUCAAUGAAUCCUUUUCUUGUUAUGCAGUGAUUCCCCUUUACUCACAUUUUACAUUUUUACCAGUUCCAUAACCUUUUGUGGGGUUAUGUUUAGAUUUGUAUGCUACCGUGGGUAAGAGUGGCAGAAUCUGGUGCACGUGAUGCUUUACUCAUUCAUCAGCAUCAGUUUAUCUUCCAGAGUUUUUAUAAUUGUGGACAUCGUGUUGGAAUAGCCCUUACAGCCUGCAGAAGGGUUCAAAUUUACUGCACAAGCCAGGAAAAUAUAUGGCCUAGGACAGUCCAAAACAGGAUGGGGAGGUAGGGGACAGGAAAAGAGCACUCAAUUUCAUACAGGUUUUCUCCAGGAGAGGUUUAUUUUAAAUCGGGCUUGUGGCAAAUUAAUUUGUUGAAUGCAGCAAUGUAUAGUGAGAGUUUCAAAGCAAGUCUUGCCUAUUUAGGGGCAUGGGGCUGACCCUGCAAUUCUUUCAUUAUGUAGUAGUUUCUUAACUACUAGUAGUGUAAGUACAGCUAACACUUUUCAACAUGCAAUUCCUCUCAAAACUACAGAAACUACAGAAUAACCAGAGUGGACGUACCCCAAUGUACUGUUAUAGUUAAUAAUUUUUGGAAGGCAAAUUUUAAGUGCUUAAUGAAAAAGAUUAUUUUAUUCAGUUGCCUGUGAUAACAGAGGCUGGACUAGGUGACUGAGGAGGGCCAUCGAGGUUCUGUAUUUUCAAGAAUUAAUUGCCCAGCAAGUAUGGCAGUGUUCAAAGGAAACUCAGUGAUGGAAAGAAUUAUGGCAAACUAUACAUAUAGAGAUAUGAUCUGUGCUAGGAUAAAGCUGGGAAAGCUGCAUACAUGCUUGGAUGAAAAUGCAUAGUUUUGCUAUACCACAAAAAAGGCAUAUGCUUGUAGUAAUUAAAUAAUAUGUUGAUACUGCAUUUUCAGGAAAAAAAAGUGUUUAAAAGAUUUUGCUUAUUGUAAAUUAUAAAUAUAAGACAUAUUUGGUCUCAGUGUAUAUGAAAAAUUAAAAUACAGUAUUGUAUUGAUCAUAUAAACAGGUAUUGCAAGCCACGUGUUAAAAGUGAAACAAAUCUGCAGCUAUUUACAUAGAAGAAAACUGUUUAAAUAGAAAAGGGAAAAAAUAGUAUCUAUUUGGUGAAUUCAGAUGUGAACAGAUUAAAUAUUUUUCUUUCUAUUCCUGUAAUAAUUGAAUGCAUAUUUUUCCUCCCUAGAGUAUUGCUGUAUGACAGAUAUUUUUUACUAUACAACAAAAUAAAUACCAUAUUUAAGCUGAUUUGUUAAUCCCUCUUGAAAAUACUUACUUUGUUUACAUUAAUAUGCAUUAAAAUAUAAUAGGUUCAGGGGUCUCAAGGGAGAACACCCAUUUUUUUAUGUUUGUCUAAUUCACAUUAACUUUCCUUUCUUGUAGAUUUUUGUGUCUCUUCAGUUUCUGCUUACCGUAAUUCUGCUUCUCUGGGAAUCAAAAGAGUUAAUUGAACUUGACAUGUGAAUCAAGCCACCUCAUGCUGAUGAAUCAAACCAUGUAGGUUGAGCUUCAUCAGCAGGAGCGUGUAGGAGAAAGGCAGCGCAAACGUGUCAUCUUUGAGCUCUAGAUUUUGGGUCACGUCCCAAACCAUGGCUAGCGAUGCCCUCCUAGAGGGUAGCUUUGCAGGGGGUUCUGCCAGCGGAAGGUUUGGACCCAAAACAUCACUCUGCAAGCUACAAAUGUUGUUAAAUAUUGUUCUGGACUGGAAAAAAGGAUGGAACAUUCUCAAAAGCUUGUGGGAGCAGAAGGAUUUUAUAGCGGUUACUCUUCUGCUGUGGAUUCGCAGGCAAUUUUUUUUUAGUUGUCAGUUCCACUGCAGCUCCUAAUUAGAGGGAUUGAUGGUACAUCGUGGGGGCAGGACUAUUUUGCUAUCUGAAUGGGGUUUUGAAGAUGAAGGAUGAUAAAAGAUACAUGAUCAAGAACUCAGACACCAAAGUCAUAUAAAUAAACAAUUGCAAUAAAAUAAUAGUGGUAAAUAUUUCAGCAGUGAAUCUCAUCAUUUUCAUUGUAUCUAAUACUUACUCUCCAUCCAAACCUGUCUGAAACUAUAUCAUGUAGUAUACAGGGGGAUAUAAUAAUUUUCUGGGAGUAAGGUCCAUUAGGAUAAGAAAGACACUGAAGCCAAAAAUCCCAUUUAAUGCAUAAAUGCUCUAACUAUGUCAUUGUAUAGAAGUGGGCACCACCAUCACCUUCUAUAGAAACUGCCCAUCAUAGGCAAGCAUUAAAGCAUCUCAGAUCUGUAAAAGGAGGUGAGCGGGUCCCUGUCCCCAGGCAGGGAUUCUGGCAGGAUGAUCCCAAGUAGCCUGCAGGAGUCUGGGCUCAGUGGAGAUGAAGCACACGUAUAGGUGUAGUGUUUCCCAUGUGUAGGUUUUAGGGACUCCUAGUAAGAGUACAGGACAAUUACGUACCCAGUGCUGGGCUUGGACUUCCAGGGCCCAACUGUAGGACAUGUCUACAAGGGUGGGGUACUGGCAGGUAAGAUAUGGGAUGACUUUAAAACACAUUAGGUGUGACCCUGUAUCUUCCCAUAGGCAUUCUCUCACAUGGGGGUAAAUGAAAAAUAACUUACUCCAAAACAAAAGUGAGGCAAGCCAGUUCACUUCUGCCAGGAUACACAGGCAUGAGUAUCAGCAGUUCCUAUAAAACAGCUGUUGUGCUGGAAAUCCUUAUUGUGCUUCAUUCAUCUUACUCUCUCACAUUAAAAUCUUUAAAACUUUCACUGAAUUCUGUUGUAGUAGCUAUUCUAUUUUACUAAGAAUUUUAGCUUAGAGAAAAUAUUUUGAGUAUGAAGAAAAACUAUCCUGUUUUCAUUUACAGAAAGUUCAUGUCCUCUCAGAUGAUAUUUUGAAGCAGAUCUCCCUACUGAGGGGAAUGGAGUACUUCUUAAGAAGGAAUUAUACAUUCAGCACUGUGCUCUGUUUCUCACUGGAUCUUCAUUUUCUUGUUCAGUUACAGCUUUUCAAAAGCAUAGUGUCCUUUCAGUAUAUAUGUUCAUUAUUUAAAAAAUUAAUGAGUAAGUACUAGUAGAAAAAAAAUACAAUAAAUACUGAUACAUAAAACAUUUUAUAUUGGUUUUUAUUUUACAAAUCAUUAGUACCUUUUUGUUUACCAUUUUUGUUGCCAUUUUAGGUCUGAAACUGCUUUAUACAGUGGUAUGUGUACUUAAGCUACAUGCAAAAGCAAUAAUCUUAAAUAUAUGUACGUUUGUUGCAGUCUGUAUCCCUGUUUUUAACCCUAUAUAAUAGGGUUUUGUUUGUUGCUUUUUUCUUUACAGAACGAAAAAGUAUAAUAAACAUUACUCAGAA